AUGGCUGUACAAGCUCCCACAGUGGUUCCCAGCAGUUUUACUGGAGAAGUCUCUCGAUGGCAGAACCUAGGACCCUCCCAGCCUGCACAGAAAAUGGCCCAGCCCCAGCAUCUGGUUCCAGAUGGGCACCUUAAGAAAGCCCUGGAGGGAAGUGACCUUCUACAGAAGUUGGGUGGCUUUCACAUCGCCAUUGCUUUUGCACAUCUGGCCGUUGGUAGUUACCUGAUCGCCACAGUCAAGAAUCUGCACUUGGUGGUGUUGAAGUGCUGGUAUCCACUCUGGGGAACUAUCUCUUUUCUCAUUGCAGGCAUGGCGGCCAUGGCAACAACGAUAUUCCCCAAGACCUCUCUGAAGGUUCUCUGUGUGAUAGCCAACGUUAUCAGCUUGUUAUGCACACUGGCCGGCUUCUUUGUCAUUGCCAAGGACCUCUUCCUGGAGGGUCCUUUUCCAUGGCCAAUCUGGAGACCAUACCCUGACCCCACAACCUACAUCCAAAGGCUAGAGCUGACCCUGUUCUGCUUCACCUUCCUGGAGAUCUUCCUGUCAGGGGCCACAGCCAUCAAAGCCUUUAGGAUGAAACGCCUGCACGCAGAGGACAAGGAUGGCACCCCUUUCACUCCUGACACACCUGUGGAACUUAAUGGUCUAUCGCCUGGGGCCUCAGCAUCUCUGCUCUCCCUCUACCCGGACCCUCCUCCUCUGAUACUGGCAGAGCUCACCCUGAGCCUUGGCCACCAGCUCUGGACUGCUGCUGGCCUCUGA